AUGGAGACAGCGUGUCAAGGCGAGGUGUUUCUGUACGAUGAGAUGUUGGGUUAUGCCGGCUUUGAGGCCCGUGCUGGGCAGGGCGUUCUUGAGGGUUCCAAAGCAGUCGUCUGCAUUGGAGGCUUGACCGACGGCUUGUUGAGUUUACGAUACCUGCCAGCAUUGGCCGCCGAACUGCAGCAGGUCGGCUGGCGAACUUUUCAACCGGUACUGCAAAGUAGCUACCGGGGCUGGGGUUUUGCGAGUCUUGACGAUGAUGUAUUGGGAAUCGACAAAUUCUUGUCCUUCCUGCGAUCGAAGCGUGGGAUUACAGAAGUCGUCCUGCUCGGAUCAUCGACCGGAUGUCAAGAUGCAGUCCACUACCUUAAGGUUGGCAAGCUUACUGAUAUUGUACAUGGAAUCGUUCUCCAAGCGCCCGUGAGUGAUCGUGAAGCUUUGUCUGUCGAAACUUCUGGAAACCAAGUUGAAGCCCUCUGUGAGUUUGCAAAGACAGCAAGCAAGAUGAUAGCUGAAGGACGAGGAGAGGAGGCAUUGCCUCGCGCAGCGUGUCAGCUGUUUGGUCCUCCAGAUGUGAUUACGGCUUAUCGUUUCGACUCAUUGACAAGACGGCUAGCAGAUGACGACAUGUUCUCUUCCGAUCUGUCGGAAGAUGAGAUGAAACAGAAGCUUGGUCAUGUACACACGCCUGCUUUGUUGAUAGCCUCCGCAGAUGACGAGUAUGUGCCAAAGACUGUCGAUGUAUCAAUGUUGUGCCAUCGCAUGGCCGAUGCGAUGGCUGCGGGUGUAGCACGAACUGCAGAGUGCUUGGUCUUGCAGCAGGGCGGCCAUGGGGUACGCGGGCAGGAUGCACAAGCGCAUUUCGUAGAUGCAGUUGCAAGAUUUGUUGCCAGACUCAGUGUACACGAGCUUCCUGACGGCACACAUCUUUCUCGAUUGACAUGGGAAGUCUCUUUAGCAAACACUCUUCGUGGCAGGGCAGCAUCCGUGCCUUCCGGGAAGCCGCUUCUGGUGGCGAUAGCGGGAAUGCCAGGAUCGGGAAAGAGCAGGAUCUCACAAAUCUUGUUGCGCCUGUUGCAGCCGGAUUGUCUUGUGGUACAGAUGGAUGGAUAUCAUACAAAGCUGUCCGACCUACAGUCAAGACCAGACGCCGCAGAUGCAGUGUACAGGCGAGGCGCUCCAGACACAUUUGAGGUAUCGUCUCUGAGAGAAGCGCUGAAGAGGGUCAAAGCUGGAGAAUCAAGCGUGAAGUUCCCCGCGUUUGACCAUGCACGUGGCGAUCCAGUGGAAGAUGCAGUUUGCUUUGACCGCCGUGUCCAUCGGAUAGUUCUCGUGGAGGGGUUGUAUCUGCUCCACCGGAACGAUGGGUGGCAAGAAAUACCAGAUCUCUUCGACUUCAAGGUUUACCUUGAUGCGGAUCUUGAGGAGUGCAUUGGCCGAGUGAAGGAGCGCAACAAAGUUAUUCCAGGCUACACCCCGCAGGAAAUAGACAAGCGUUGCGAGGAGGUGGACAGACGAAAUGCAGAGGUUGUUCAGCUGACACAGGGAGAAGCAGAUCUUCAUGCAGGUCCCAAACUGAACCAGGCUCCAGAAGACUGA